GCCACCAUGUUCCUCCUGCAGCUGCUGAACUUCUUCUUCAGGGCUCCCCAGACAGAGGAGCGAUCCAAGUUUGAGCCGCCGCUCAUCCAGCGGGGCGACCUGCUGGAGGUGCCGCGCACCUUGUUCACGCACUUCGGCAUCUACCUGGGCGACGACCGGGUGGCUCACCUGAUCCCGGACUUCCUGCCGGUCAUCACCAAGAACCAGUCCGCCAUUUCCAAGAUGGUCACCAACAUCCGUCUGCUGCUGGGGGUGGUGGCCAAGGUGGCCAGCGUCAGGGUGGACUCCGUCAAGGACUUCGCCUACGGAUCGGAGAUCCUGGUCAACCACAUGGACAGAGUGUGCAACCAGCCGCCGCUGGAUGGAGACGAGGUGGCGCGCAGAGCGGAGAAGCUCCUGGGCUCCGUCACCUACAGUCUGCUGUGGUACAACUGUGAACACUACGUCAUGUACUGCAGAUAUGGGAUGGCGGUCAGCUACCAGACCUACCAGUUCUGCACGGCAGUGAGGAAGGUGGUGUGCAGCCGGACCAGCGCUUACCUGAGUGCCCUGGGUGGCUUCGCCGUGAUGCUGUACCUGGGCUGUGUGACGCCGCUGGUUCUCCUCCCAACUCUGCUCGUCUCCUUCACCAUCUGGAUGGCGGCCUGACCUGACCUCAGAAGAUACGGACACUAGAUUGAGCUGGGAACUGUUUCAAGAGAAGAAGAAGAAGCCUCUCUUCGUGGCGGCUUUUUUUUUUAAUGUAAUUUUUAUUGUACAUAUUGUGUUUUUAUAAGAGUAAAUAUGUCCCUGAGUUCGAUCCCUAACACCGACAAGCUACAACAAACAGCUCUUCCUCACAUCUGCCUUGACACUUGACUGCUGGUUCUUCCAGCGGCCAUCUUGCAAAAGUGCAUUAUGGGAAAUGCAAUAUGUCAUUUUUAAAGAUACGUUUUUAUAUUUGGGGCCAUUCAACUUUUAUUUUGAAAUCAGUCCCUUAUGCUUUAGUAAGUUAUUCUUUUAAUAUCAAAAGCACAAACAAACUUGAAUGAUUUAUUUCGCACAUCUUUUCAUGCAUUUUGACAAUUUAAUGUUAUAAUAAUUUGGAAAUAAAAAUGUAAAAAUGAAUAAAAAA